AUUCAGUUUUUGUUUUUKGUUUUUCUUUGUAACUUUUUGCCACCCGUUUUUUGCUCUCUCUGCUUCCCCUUCUAUCGUUCGUUCGUUUUGCUUGCAUCUUCCGUCUUCCGUCUCUUUUUUGUGUCUCUUCUAUUGCCACAUUUUUUCUUAACGCAGAGAUGUGUGCAGAUAUUGAAAUCGUCACGUCAAAUCAGUAUGACGGUGCGAGCGCCGCCCACGCUGAACUCAACGGCGCCGCUGCACGGUUUUGGUCCACCCUCGCGGGAUCCCAUGUACGCAUCGAUGGCCCCCCUAUUACCCCAGUCGGCAGCCGCCCAGGCAGCAGCCGCCGGCGGCGUAGGCGGAUCGGGUCUGCCCUUUCGUCAGACCUGCUCCUGGAUGGAUCGACACGGUCGUCCGGCCUCGCCGCCCAUGGAGUACGGCGGCAGACGAAACGAUCGAAGAGAUCGGGUACGUCGCGUGGAACUGCUCAUCGAGCCGGGCCAAUCGCUGGGCCUGAUGAUACGCGGCGGCGUGGAGUACGGCCUGGGCAUCUUUGUCACGGGCGUCGACAAGGAUAGCGUCGCUGAUCGUGCCGGUCUUAUGAUCGGAGACGAAAUCUUGGAGGUCAACGAUCAGUCGUUCCUCGAUGUGACGCACGACGAGGCCGUUAGCCAGCUGAAAUAYCAUAAGCGCAUGUCGUUGCUGAUACGAGACGUGGGCAAGGUACCGCACUCCUGCACAUCCAUCGAAAUGGAGCCCUGGGAUGCGUACAGUCCAACGGGCACGAGAGCACGCCGAAAAGGUCAGAUUGCGACCAUGGUGGAGGAGAAGGCGCGCUCGCUGCUGCCACGACAUCAUUUUGCAAGUCUUUCAUAUUAUAUAGCCGAAUAUAGUGUGAAAGCAAUGACCAUAGAUGCCUUUGUUGCCGUCUUAUUAGAGAUGUUAGAUACGUACGAAAAGCACACGCUUGUGACGGAAAUUCGAGAGCUCGUCUUUCCGGAGGAUCGUACACGGUACGAUGAGCUAGUGUAUCGCCGUGAGCGCGAUCCAUAUAGCGUGGAUAGGCAUAGGCGUAAAGGAGACCCCGCACGUGAUUUGCCGGUAACAGCUGACGACAUGGAAGUAAGCGCCGCAACUGGACGCAGUCCCUCGUCGGACUCGGGGCUGGGCGGCAUGACCGUAACGGAUAUACAUAAACGACCCGCACUGCAGUUGCCCUAUCGGCCCAUGUCGGCGGGACCAGUAUUGCAUCGAUCACAGCAUUAUCAGCCAGCCACAGCCUCAUCACAUGCAGCUAGCAACCAAUCACCAUCACCAACGCCACCUUCACAACAACAACAAUUACAACAACAACAACAUUAUCCACAUCAUACCUCAUUGCGUCAUCUGGGCGGCGUUGGAAGUGCGCGUCAUUAUCAGCAUCUUCUUCCCCAUCAACAGCUGCAGCAACAGCAACUACAACAACAGCAACAACAACUACAACAGCAGCAGCAACAACAACAUCAGCUACAGCAUCAACAUUUGGGACCAAAUCAAUUUCAAGUCAAGCAAGCCAAAGACAAUCAGCAACAGGAAUACGGCUGUGAUGAGCAUAGAACUCGACGGGGCAGCGAAACCCUAUUACCGGAAUAUGAACAAGAUGCGGUGAGUAAGAYAUUGAGCUUUAUUCCGGCAGGUAAAGGGGCUCACUCUCUCCGUCUCUCUCUCUSUGUGUAGSAGCUACACRUAUCAUUUCAUUCCGUUCAUUAUCAUCUMUUUCAGCAUAUAACUCUACAGAUAUACUUACCAUCCA